ACCCCAUACACACAUAGCUCUCGCAUAAAUACUUUUAUUUCCUACCCGUCCAAGUUCUUCAAGGACAAUCAUCUCUUCGGUUAUCCGCAAUCAUGAAGUUCUCCAUCACUCUACCAGUCAUCGCUGCCAUCCUGAAUGUCGCUUCAGCAGACCUCCACUACGGUGGCAUUUGUGCUGACUGGCCCAAUGGUGCAGCAACCUACAACCAAGGCGCCACACAAAAGGCCUGCGACUCGUACUUCAGGCGAAAUACUGGCAACGAAAAAUGGGACAAGUGUCCUGACUGCAAGAUGGCAGACAAGGGUGGCAUUUCCAUCUGCACCUCCUAUGACUGGCACAUGGGCGGUGAUGAGUGGGAAUACUACUGCAAGAUGCACGGUGCCGGUGGCGCUAUCGCUUCUUAAGUCAGAUAAUCAGGGACGACUAAGGGAUUGGAUCGAUUUUGCACCAUCAACAUACCGGAGGGUAGAUCGAAUUGCUUGAGGAGAGUCAAAGAUCGGUUAAGGAUUUAGCUCAUGACGUCCUUAUCAACCGACAUAACGAACGAGGAUGGUUGCUCCCAUCUAUGAACCAUCUAUGACAGGUUUACUGCUAGUUGAGCAUUGAUAAGUUGUAUAUAUGUACGCUUCGAAUAUCAUCAUUAUUAUACC